AUGCCAAUCAAAUUCAGCAAAGAAACAUCUACUAGAUUGUUUCGAUACGUAAAGUCUAUUGACAUCAGUUUCAACCCAUUCGACAAUAGGACUAGAUCUACCCGUGAGAUUUGGAGACAGCUUCAAGCGACUCGAUACCACAACGCGAACCCCAACCUAAGUAUCAAAACUCACGUUUUGGGAACGGCUGAUCCACCCGAAGUUGUGUUCAAAUUUAUAGACGAUACUGAAAAACGGUUUGAUAGUCAACACUUGAAAGCAAAUGAAAUUAUGUUUGAUGUCCACCUAAACUUGGAUCGUUUGGACAACGUGUAUGAAAUGAGCGGCAAAUCGCUGGACGACUAG